CUCAUCCUGGGCUCACGUAAGAGGACCCGGGUUGGGAGGCGGCACAGCUAGAGUGGAAGCCGAGAGAGCAGGACGGAACCAUGGACCCCGCCAGGAAAGCAGGCUCCCGGGUAGCGAUCUGGACAACGGGCUGGCUGCUGCUGCUGCCUCCGCUGCUGCUUCUAGAAGGAGCGCAGGCCCUGGAGUGUUACAGCUGCGUGCAGAAAGCCGAUGACGGAUGCUCUCCGCAGAAGACUAAGACGGUGAAGUGCGCGCCAGGCAUGGACGUCUGCACAGAGGCCGUAGGGGCGGUGGAGUCUAUCCACGGGCAAUUCUCGGUGGCAGUGCGGGGCUGCGGUUCGGGACUCCCGGGCAAGAAUGAUCGCGGACUGGACCUUUACGGGAUUCUGGCUUUCGUCCAGCUGCAUCAGUGCUCCCAGGACCGCUGCAACGCGAAGCUCAACCUCACCUCGCGAGCACUCAUCCCCGCAGGCAAUGAGAGUGACUACGAGCCUAAUGGGGUCGAGUGCUACAGCUGCGUGGGGCUGAGCCGCAAGGAGUGCCAGGGUACGGCGCCGCCCGUCGUGAGGUGCUACAACGCCAGCGACCACUUGUACAAGGGCUGUUUCGACGGCAACGUCACCUUGACGGCAGCUAAUGUGACUGUAUCCUUGCCUGUCCGGGGCUGCGUCCAGGAUGAGUCCUGCACCCGGGAUUCAGCGACAGGCCCAGGGUUCACGCUCAGCGGCUCCUGCUGCCAGGGGUCCCGCUGUAACUCGGACCUCCGCAACAAGACCUAUUUCUCCUCUCAAUUCCCGCCCCUUGUCCUGCUGCCCCGUCCUCCGUCCACCACUCUGGCUGCAAACAACUCUGUCAGUACUUCUGCCCCAACCCUGGCCUCCACUUCCACCACCAAACCCACCCCAGCCCCGUCCUCCACUUCCACCACCAAACCCACCCCAGCCCCAGCCAGCCAGACUUCUCCAAAAGAGGUCGAACCUGAGACCUCCCAGGUGGAGGAAUCUACCUCGGCUGGAGGUACUAGUGGCCACCAAGACCGUAGAAAUAUUGGGCAGUACCCCAUAAAAGAUGGGCCCCCUAAUAAAGGCUCUGCAGCUCCUUCAGUGGGGUGGGUGGCUCUUCUGUUGGCUGUGGCUACUGUCACCUUACUAUGAACUUCUCUACCUCUUGCCCUACUUCCUUGGCCAUGGGUACCCUCCCUUCCCAUUACUCCCUCUUCCACAACUGGACUGGGCUGGCCCAGCCCCUGUUCUCCCUAGCUUUUGCUGCACUGGUUUGCGGCUUUGGGACAGAAAGUUACCAUUGUAUAUAUCCUGCCAGGGUGUUCCAGCUUUUUGAGGGCAGCAACUGUAUCCCCCUCAUCUUUGUCUCUCCCUGGUCUUCUCCUGGUGCCUAGGUCAGAGGGAAGUCAGAGCUGUCCCAGGGAAGGUGGGAGAGACAGUGAUAAGCUUCGUAUUCGCUUUCUCACAGUCAACCUGGAAUAGGAGAGAUGGGGUCUGAGGGCUCUGCCUCCUGCCCCUGAAUCUUUGUGGGAAUCAUUUUUUGGCAUCUUCUUUGUCUUCUUUUAUAGACUGUGAGCUCCUCAAGGGCAGGGACCGUGCCUUACGCCUCAGUGUGGUCAAUGUCUGGCACAUAAGGCUUCAAUAAAAGUUUAAUUACUUUG